AUGCUGACACGCGAGCGAACAGCGGGGUUAACGGCACGAAAUGUCUCUCCGCCCGGAAUCCUCCCGCGGAAGGGUCCCGUCGUCGACGACAAAGGGCCGGUACAGUGGGUAGCGCGGCCAACAUAUGUGCUCUCCCCAAUUCAUCGUCAAGGCGAGUCACCGUCACCGCAGCAGCACCAGAGGAGACCAACGAUCGGAAUCGACGGCCGACGUGCAGUGUCGCCGCGGACUCCUUCUGCGAACGAAUCACCACUGCAGCAGCAACCAUGGCAUCAAGAGAGUCCACGUGUCUCGGCGUUACAGCCGAUGACGGCUUACCCGCCGCCACCACUUCGAUACGCUAAACAAGAGCUACCGCCGCAUGGGCGGCAAAAGCAGCCACCUGCAGCACUGCCACCUUUGCUCGUACAGCCUCGCAGUGGUCGCGUUUCUGGUGAUAGAAAUCGAUCGCCCUCUAUGUCGCGUGCACCUCUGCAUGGCCGCUGCUCUAUAUGCAUGGAGAGGCAGUCAGUAAUCAUGCUGUUGCCCUGUCACCACCUUUGCCUCUGCGAGAAGUGUCUUGAGCACGUUUUACGACGGCGCUGCCCGUAUUGCAAUAAGCCCUUCACAAAAACUACACGUGUGCGCCUGACAUAA